ACGUCACGCCUCAAUUCAUCUGCGUCGCAUCCGUUAUCGGUAUAAUUCUGUUUUUCAUGCCCAGUGCAGCCUGACUAGACUAGCUAGCUAGCAACUUUCAAGGCAAAGAUGGCGAAAGUGGUGUCAUUUUUUUUUAUCGCAAUUGCAGCACCAGUUUUUGGUCAAGUGAUAGACAUUACUUCAGAGUUAGACGCAGUCGGUCGCAACUUUUCCUGUAUUGGAGAAGUUGUCACAUAUACUUGCAGUGGGCAAGGAAGCACACUUUCUGUAAACGCGCCACCACUAUUCAAUCAACAUGCAUUUGGCGGAAUUGACACUGUUCCUGGUACUCAGUUAUUUCUUUCUGCUCCGAAUGUUGUUCUCACCCUUUUAACCCGAAAAUCAAGUAAUUAUUCUGCCAACUUGCAAAUUACAAUGCUGAGUGAUGCACAGUUGAGAAUUAACGUUUCAUGUUCUACAAACAAUCCUGGCCCUCUGGACAACUUUGUAAUACCACUGAUCCGUGAAUCACAAAUUAUGUCACCUUCCACUGUGACGAUGGUUGGACUUACCGGAGAUACAACAAGACGAUCAGUUCGAGUGGCAUGGAUCCCACCUGUGAAUCCCCAGUUUGACAUUGAAUAUUAUCUUGUGAAUAUUUACAUGAAUGGAGUAUUGUACACCACUAGGAGAUCUAGUGACAAUAGCCUGGAUGCUGAUGUGCCAUCCGGGGAAAUAACUGCGGAUGUUCGUACUGUUAGCACUUGUGGCACAAUGAGCAAUAUUGCAGAGCGGUCAAAUGGAUCAGUGUUUGGGCAGUAUUCAGCCUUUUAUGUUGGCUUUUUGUUCCCCACAUUCAUCGGUUUUCUCCUCAUUACCGCUGUUGUUGUACUGGCUAUCUUCCUUGUGAGAGCAAAUAAGACGAUAUCAAAGUUGCAACAAGUUCAAGAUGACGAAAAGGGCGUAGUUCUUGAACCACAUCGACAGUCAUCACAAUAAAAAGAUUGCAAAGAAAACCUGGAAAGAAGUUUGCAAGGAUUAGUGAAAUAAUUAUUAGACUACAUGCAUGACUGCAAAUAUUAACAGAUUUAAUAUGUUUAUGGGUUUGUUAAAUAAUAGUUAGACACUGUUUA